AUGAAAGGAAAGGCCACGGAACAGAUUUUCAAGAACAUUAGGGUCUAUUGGCUGGCGUUCAUAGUGUAUUGGGGAAUUGUCCUGUUUGGAUACGACACAGGUGGCGUAGUUAGCGCGCCAUUUUUCCAGCAGCAUUUUGGAUUGAUACAUCCCGAUGGCACGAAGAAUACUGGCAGAGUUAACGCAGUCUCGUCCAACGUCGUGUCUGUUCUCCAGGCAGGCGCGUUCUUCGGGGCGCUGGGCAGUGCACCAAUAUCGUCGAAAAUAGGACGACGUAUGACAUUAUUCGGCUUUAGUAUCAUUUUUUGCGUCGGUGCAAUACUCACAACAGUUGCACAUAAUCUGGGGGAGAUUUAUGCUGGCAGAGUCAUUUCUGGCGUUGGUGUUGGGGCUAUCUCAGCCGUUGCUCCAGCAUACGUAUCUGAAUGCUCACCUAAAGAUGUGCGAGGAAGAAUCACGGGUCUAUUCCAGAUAAUGGUUGCGUUUGGCGUCAUGAUUUCUUACUUUGUGAACUUUGGAGUUGGGAUACACGAAGCCAACAGUCCAAACGUAUGGAAAAUUCCUUUUGGAUUCCAACUUGUCCCAGCAGGAAUCAUGGUUUUGGGACUUUUAUCAGUCAAGGAAUCGCCCCGUUAUCUCGCAUCUGUUGGAAGAAAUGAGGAAGCGCUUCAGAAUUUAGCCUAUCUACGACGAGACCGGACGGACUCGAUAGAUGUACUCCACGAAAUGGCAGAAAUUGAAGCUGCCAUUUUUGAAGAGAAAGAAUCCAGAAAGGGUUUAGGACUGAAGGAAGCUUUCUUCGGAAAGGGGAACUUCGUUCGGUUUGUUAUCGCCUUCUUUAUCUUCUUCCUCCAGCAAUGGGCAGGACAAAACACCGUCAAUUAUUAUGCCCCUCAGAUCUUCGCCUCCAUUGGAUUUACUGCGCGAAAAAACUCUUUGCUUGCCAGCGGUAUAUAUGGUGUCGUCAAGCUGGUCGCAACCUCGCUCUUCAUAUUUUUCGGCGUCGAAACCUUGGGACGUAGAAUCUCGUUAUUCAUCUCCGCCAUGGGAAUGGGCACCCUGUUCUUCAUCAUUGGUGCUAUUUUAAAAACUCACCCACCUCCGGCAAGCGAUGCGAAUACUGUAGUAUCCGAUCCACCACCGGCUUCGAAGGCCAUGGCUGCUAUGCUUUAUAUAUACGUCUGUUUCUACUCCAUGGGAUGGGGCCCAUUGCCAUGGGUAUAUGUAUCUGAUAUCUUCCCGACCAGAACGCGGCAUUUUGGUCUGGCUCUUGCCAGUGCCUCACAAUGGCUAUGGAAUUUCGUCGUUUCAAAAGUUAGCCCUACCCUGAACACGAACCUAGGAUAUAAGAUGUUCCUGAUGUUCGCGACGAUUAACGUGGGAGGAAUGGCUGUGUUUUCGCUACUCAUACCAGAGACCAAAGGGCGAAGUUUAGAAGAGAUGGACGUUAUAUUCGGUGCAAUCUCAUCUGAACAGAGGCAAAUUGAUAUUUCCAAUAGGGAAAGAGAAUUCAACCGCAUCUCCUCCCACCCUUCGUCUUCUAAUGAUAAAGUCUGA